CCAGAAUCCAAAUCUUCACAUGAACAUAUAAUUUUUUAGCAGCUCUUUACCUCAAUAGUAACUCAAUGGUUUGCUUCCAGGGACAAUGAUUGUGCUCUUCUUUUUUUCAUUUUCCUAUCUCGAGAAUUAUUAAGGUUGGUUUUAAGAAAGGCAGUCAUCAAGAAUUUAAUGGAAACUACAAGUCCGUCCAAAGUUUCUUCAGAAAAGCCUGAUCGGAAAACGGUGGAGAGGAACAGAAGAAUUCAUAUGAAAUAUCUCUGUUCCGAGCUUAUUUUUCGCAUUCCUCCCCAGCAUUUCAAGCCCUCCAAGCACAUGCUGCCACAACAAGAUCAACUCGAUCAAGCUACAACUUACAUUAAGAAAGUAAGAGAAAAAGUAGAGACAUUGAAAAGGAAAAUUCAAAUAGCACGAGGCACAAGGGAGAGCAAUAGCCCUAAGACAUCGAUGUCUACUUCCAUAAAAUCACCAGUAAUUGAAGUUAAAGAAUUGGGUCCAAGUCUAGAAGUGAUUUUGAUAAGUGGAUUGACAAAGAAUUUCACUUUGUAUGAAGUCAUAAGCAUUGCAGAGGAAGAGGGAGCUGAAGUUGUCUCCGCUAAUUUUUCUACAUUUGGCAAUAACGUUUUUCAUACAAUCCACGCUCAGGUGAAAGUUACGAGAUUAGGCAUGGAUGCUUCAAGGAUUUAUGGGAGGUUGCAAAAGCUAGUUGGAUAAAUUUACUUUCCAAGUUUCUUCCAUGAAGGGGCGGAGCUAGCCCAUGAGUUGCGGGUUCGGCCGAACCAGUAGUUUUGGUCCAAACUCUGUAUUAUCUUAUGAAAUAUAUUGAAUAUGUACUAAUUAUUGAUAUAGAACCUAGUAACUUAAAAGGAUUAGAACUCCGAACUCAUAACCUUCAAAUCUUGACUCCGCAUCUGCUUCCAUGGACAAAGAAACCAAGAACGAAAGAACAAUGUGUCGGGAUUUCAGUUAGAUUUCUUUCUUGGACAAGAGAAAAGGAAAUCAAGUUGGACCGCAAAGAAAAAUGAAGUCACGAAAUACCCUAGAACAUAUCAUAUAAAAGUUAAGAGAAAUUAUUUUUCAAGCUGUGUAAAGUGAGGA